AUGGAUGAAGAUUACAGUACCGUCGAUUUAAUAACUCCUCUGCAGGAUAGUUGGAAGAUAAGAGUUAGGUUAAUUUGUGUUUGGAAGCCGCCUCUUUUCUCAAAUCCUAAUGACAACGGGAGCAUAGAGAUGGUCUUAAUGGAUCAUUUGAGAAACAAGAUACAUGCAACCGUUAAGAAGUCAUUGAUUGGUACCUUCAUGGGGGUCAUCUCUGAAGGAUCUUUUAAAGCUAUAUCCCAUUUUGGAGUCGCUACUAAUAGUGGUAAUUUUAGAACAACCACACAUCCAUACAAAAUAAACUUCUUGAGGACAACACAAGUACGCCAUUGCAUCGAUAUUGGUGUUAGUCCUUACGAAUUUGAAUUCGUGUCUUUCUCUGAUCUAUUGGAUGGCAAACUUGAUGAAUCAUGUACAAUAGAUAUUAUUGGGGAAGUUGUUGCUGUUGGCGAUUUGAUUACUGGCGACAGGAAUGGAAAGCCAUCACGUCGGGAGGUUGAAAUUACGGUGACAUUGUGGGAUGACUACGCGCAGAACAUGACGGAUUACUUUGCAGGACGCCCGGGUGGUUGUGUCGUCAUGAUCGUACAAUUUGCCAGAAUACGUCCAUGGAGAGGAACCAAUACUGUUACAAAUUCUCUCUCUCUACCCGACUUUUCAUUGAUUCAGAAAUUGAUGAAAUUUUGGAACAUAAGUCCAGGUAAUCAUUGGAUGGUGAAUGCUUAUGGGACCGAUGAUGCAAUUCGUGCUGUUCCGAUGCGUGAUGUAUCUUAUCUUUCUACACCAUCGUCCAUUUCUGAACCAGAUGAUUUUCUUACACUUAACCCGAAGAAACGAAUUGAUGAUCUGCAGGAAGUAGACGAGAGUUGUGUGGCUGUCGUGGUUGCUUCAAUUGUUUCCAUUGAAUCUGAGUAUGGUUGGUUUUAUAUUGCAUGUAAGAAAUGCAAUAAGAAAGUUAAUCCAACUAUGGAGGUGGGUGGGUUGGAUGGUGGUGGUGCUCCUCUUCAAUCAUACUACUAUUACAACAAGUGUCAAAAUAAUGUUUCAGCUGUGGUGCCGAGAUUCAGGGUUCAGGUAAGGGUGCUUGAUGAUAGUGGAAGUACAUCUUUCCUAUUGUUUGAUAAGGAUGUUUAUAAAUGUAUCCGAAAGACUGCUUUACAUGUCAGGGAAGACAUGUUGAAGAUUGAAAGUGAAGAUGAGAGACCUAAGGUGCCAAAGGGGUUGGAGAGAUUGGUUGGUAAAAAGUUCAUAUUCAAAAUUGAGGUGUCUGAAUACAAUAUCGACAAUAAUUGGCCGAUGUACACUGUGUUGCGGAUGAGUAGUGAAAUGUCAAUAAUCAAUGCUUUUGAGAGUUGCUCGUCAGUAAAUCAGGAUGUUGACGCUGAUCUUGAUAGUUCUACUACAGAGGAAAGAAAUAUAACACCUAAGUGCUUGGCUGGGAAGGAUUCAAUAAAUUCCUGCACUGGAGAAGUUGAUGGACAUAAUGUCCAAUUGAUGUCCACUGCAACUAGCCCUCUGAAAAGGACACUGCAAUUUGAUGAGGACGAUAUAACUCUUCAGUCAUCUUCGACUAAAGCAAAGAUUGAAGUGAAGCUUGAAAAAUUUUAG